GUUUCGUUCAGUCUUCUUUUACGCUUGCGCGCCGUCUAAGAACCCUUCAAAAACUUCCAAAAGAAUGAACGCAUUUCAGCAAGUGCCUUGCUGGGGAGUGGCAGUGACUGUUGGCUUGAUGACAGGACUGUUUUACACUGAUGUACUGGUAGAACCGCCGAAAGUGCAGCCCCUUUGCGCCAUCGGUCACUCCUAUACUGAAAACCGCACGCGCCUUGCAGACCGAGGCGCAUAUCGACAGCUCCAGCUCUCUUUCGAUCGCCUCGCACUACCCCCAGUGCCGUUUCCUCGCCCGCCGGAGGAUGGGACUCGACUUACGGAUAGCCAGUUCUUUUACACAAAUCCUGGGACUUGUCUGGCAAACCAUCCUCUAGUCUGGCUGGUGACAUCAGCUGUGAGGGCAGGUGAGAACCAGACACCCAGUCACCUGGACGAGGUGUCUGAUGGCGGGAUUUUACCAUCCAUCCUGCCUGGCGUCUGGUCCACCGAGAAGUCCUGCAAUACCACCUGCGGGGCUCCUAACGACACCUGCCCAAGGAGCAGCCCUUGGAUCACUGAGCAGGAGGAGGAUAUCCAGCAGCCCAGCACCGGCCACCAGCCUCUCGAUGCCUUCACCAUCUUGUCGGGAGUGCUGGUGCCGGUGUUCAUCCUUCUCCGAGGGGGCAUUCCACACCACAGACUCAGGAGGAAACCCUGGAGAGUCCACCGGGCAGUUCCAGGCUACUGCCGCCGCCAACAACACCAGCGGACGGUGCUCUGGGAUUCCAGCCUCCUGCAAGACGUCUUGCCGAGCCGCAGGGACUUCAUGUGCCAAACGGUGGUGGCCAUUCUACUGCCUGGCGUUUGGCCUUCCCUGCUGGUGUGGCUCUUGACGGCCGUGUGGGAUCUUUGCACCAAGACCAGCAAGGAACAUGCUCCUCCUGAUGACUCACCACCUGAGGAGGGCGAAAUAAACGAGAACAGGGACACAGAUGAAAUAAUUGCGGCAAUCGAUGGAGACGCUUUGCUAAAUAUUCGAUCACUGCAGGGGUAUGAUGGCCUCCCUGUUACAGUUAGGACCCCUCAGCCACCCAACAAAACUGAACCAGUUUCGCUGAUUGUCCAGAAUUCAGCUGAUUUUACACCACUUCAGGAAUUGGCUGUCGUUCGGGAACAUCGAAGUAAUCCAAAUGACGAGAAACAGCCAGCAGCGACAGUGCAAACUGAUGCCGAAGAUACAUGUAGCCUACAAAGUCGGCAUGUUCUGGAAUGUGAUGACCAAGUCAUAAUUCUUCGAACGGCUCAGACAAUGACCAAAGAAGACCCAGAUUUCACAGCUUCUGUUGAUCCUCCACCGUCAAUCGCCCAGAAAUCUAAACAGGCAAGCAGGCUUAAGCAAGCAAAACAUUUCCCGGUCCGACCCGCCAAAGCGAAAGAACCCCGCCAGAGAUCCCGUCCCAUGUCGGAUGGAGGGAGCUCGUCCUUCACGCCAGAUUUCACGAUGUUGGAGUACAAGGAAAACCCAGGGAAGGGGGUUAGCUGGUUUGUUCCACUGAGAAAAUCCAAAGUACUAGUCAGCAAAUCUCUGCUGCAGUCGGCUUGCAGCAAUGAAAACCGUGAAGGCAGCUGGCCCCCGAAAUCCACCCGAUCAAGCCCCAAAGUGAAAAUGCAAUGGUUCAUUCCAAGUCAGGGGACGCACGUCUUCAUCGAAAGAUCAAAUCAGGAAUCAGUGGGAAAUCUGGCCAUCCAUCGUGGGGAAGUAGGUCACUCCAGGGAAGAAAGAAACCAAGGGAAAAGGUGCUGAGGAUGAAGAAGAAGUACAGGACCUCUAAAGAAUUGUCCCAUGGUCUUCAGCUCGGGGGUUUCGUUCAGUGUGUUCUGACCAUCUUCAGGGAAAUGCCUGAGCGCUGUGGACGGUACUCCUGUGGGUAGUGCAGUCCGGGAUGCUUCAGCAGGGGUCAGUCCGCAGGAGUUCGGAACCAGGAAUAGCGGGAUCUGCAUGAAGAUCCCGGAGAGGGUUGACGGGGCGGACGACAACCGUAGACGGCUGAUAGGCUGACAGCCUCGGGAGGGAAAGGGUUGAGGGUUGCGGGGAACGCACUAAUGGGGACGAUGGGGGUCUUCGAGUACGGAAGGUGCACCAGUCUGUCGCAAACUGAGGUGGGAGGUGACUGUGAGCUGCAGGGGACUGCCUAACUUGAACGAGAGGGGACUAAGUAUUGUUGUGGUUGAACUUGGCCUCUUCAGAUGAGUGUUCCCUGGGAUCUUAGUGACCUCACUGGUGUUUCUCAGUGCCACGUUUGAAUGCGUUGUGCAUAGUUUUAAUCUGAAAUACUUGCAUAAAGGGGGAAAUGUACAUAUAUGAGUAGAGAUGAGUUCUUUACCGUCAUUCUUUGAUGUUGAUCUUCGAGUCUAGUUGGUAGUUUGGAUCUGUUUCUUCAAACGUUUCUAUCAUCUACAUGGAAACUGGAAGCAGAUUCCCUUCCAUUCGAAAGGUGUUUAAAAGCAGUUAAAAUGGAUAGUAUUUGUAUGGUAGAUCUUGUUAUCUACGCGUAAUGGCGACAGACAGCGACAGCGUAGGCUUCCUGUGCUUUUCGGGGAUUCAGUUUGAAUUGAUUAGGUAGUCGUGGCAGUUGGGGUUGAUUCGAGCGCGUUGGUACCCGAGUGGCUCUUCAUAUCCGAAUUGUGCAUAGGGGCUGUGUGUGGCUGUGGUGUGUCGCUGGUGUGUCGUUGACGUGUCAGCAUGGCAGAUCCAUGUUCUACGUCGUGUUUUUGCUGUAUAUAAUUAUGCAGGGUAUGUGCUCCAGUCGUCCACGGUGAUGCAGUAUUCGGUCGAUGUCAAACCCCUCUUGACAGGCUCGUCUGCGUCUCAGACUGCCCACUGGUUUGAAGCUGCUUGCACCCACCUGGUAAUGCAUGGUGGGUCAAACUUCAAAACCACGAUUGCAGUUUGUCGACGUCACGGCGAAUUUUGUCUUGAGGUGUCGUUUUUAGGAUCCCAAACGCUUACUGCUACUGAAAGAAAUCAAAACAGUUGCCCAGUGGAUAUGCAGUAGAAUAUGGCCUUCAUGCUGAUGAAAACCUGAAUAUGCCCUUUCACUAAACUCGAUUGAUGAUGCAGUACACGGCAGCCUCACUCAGACCUCGGCUCAGUGACAACCAAGCUCGACAAUCAAUCUUGUCCGCCAACACUUUUAGGAAUCCUGACACGUCCUGUGGUCUUAGAUGCAAUAGGGAAUCAUUUUGAGAAGAUCUUGGGUCACACUACACUCGAGAAGACAAGAAGACCCGCGAGUGCGACAUCACCUCUCAAGUGUGCCAUCUCGGUGACACCUGUCUCCUUCUCUUGCCAGCCAGUGAGACUCCUGCAUCUCAUGAUCAUCCACCUUCCUUGGUUUGCAAUUGACUGAUAAGCCCCUGCAUUUGAAGUCUCCCAUGCAUGGCCGUGUCAGUCAGUUCAUUUGCUCCUUUCGAUCCUCCUGCUUCCGAGAUCGUUGGUCCAUCAGCGGUCUGUGGUCGGCGCCCACGCGGUCCAUCCGCUCCAGAGUCUUCUUGUGGGAUCCGGUGUUUCAGUUUCGUUCUUCCACGGCCCUAUCCCUGGUGUUGCACCCUGUGGUGACACUACCCACUGGAGUGUCGGCUGCAGUGCCCGGACAUUUUCCCGAGGGUGGUCAAGGCAUGCUGGUCAAAAUGUUGAGUUGGAGCUGUUGCUUUUUCCACUGAAUCUGAAAGCCACAUUAUAAUCCCUUUAUUGUUGUUCGCUUCCAGUUUGCAGUCAUCAUUGAUAUUCGAGUGACCAGUGAUCUGCUGACUGAACUUGAAAAAUUCCAUUUUUAUUUUGAAACUAUUUGUACUAAAAUCAUAACUCACUGUCAUUGAUACCAAUGUGAAGAUAACAAACUUUUCUUUUGAUAAUAUAGAAUUCUUUGACAGGUAAUUAUGAUCAUUGUUAAGAUCUGCGAAACAUCAAGAAUCAUGUAUUGAUAUUACCUAAUCACUUAUCCAAAAUAUAGACACAGAUUAAAGAAUCAACUUCAAAAUACAGCCUGACAAUAUCUCAACAAUGAACGGAAAUAUAGGGAAAUUAGCGACAUUGGUUUUUAGAAUUUCACCAUUUCAUUGAAAUAAUUAUAUACUUUUGCAGGUCUACAUUGAGAGAGAAAUUUUUGUCCAGGAAACACUUAUCGAUUUAGCAAUAAAACAUUUCGUCGUUCAGGGAUUUCAUUAUUAUUAUUUCUUUCCAAGACAAAGCUAAAGCUAUUUUUAAUUGUUUGAAGAAGUCAACAGCAAAUAAUUUUAAGAAUAUUAAACUGGCAGCAAUGUGCACGAAAUCUA